AUGACAUGGCGGAUACUUGUUGAACCAUUUGCAUGGCUGCUGACAAAUUGGUCGAGACCUGCACUCACUCGUCUCAAUGCAUCGAAGUUCGAAGCAGUGGUUGUGACGAAAGAUGAAAAUAUGAAGAUGUGCUCAAAAAUCCAGUGCAUCGACAUCUCGAUGAUUCUGUCUGGAUGUUCCAUAUUACAGGAAUCAGUUAAAGUGGACUCCAUUCGUUUCUUCACUCAUCGAAAGAUCCGCUAUAUCUGGUAUGAAAUGGAUCAAUCCACCGAAUUUUUUUUCUGUAUAGUUAUCAAAUAA